CGAACGUAGAUAUAUCUACCCCCUUCAUUUUUCUCUACUUCUCUAUCAUAACAUUCUGCACUGUUUCAGACAGAGAAGAGUUAGAGUCUAGAGACAGUUGUGGCCAUGUUUGCAUGCUUGAGCUGAAGAUGUUCCUAGUACUAGUAGUAGUAACUUCCUACCAUUGCCUUUAUCGUCAAAUAGCAUUGUUGCAAUAGUGUGAACUAACUGUUACUUCAGCAGACGGGUAGCUAGCAGAAUGGCGGAGAAUGUUCGGAUUCGCGAGACAACAGCUGAGGACAUGCCAACUCUUCGAUCUCUAAUCGAGGCAUUUUUGCCGUUUGUUUCGAAUGCACCCGGUGAUGCAGUGACUAUCACUGUUGAAGACCUUGUCCGAGAUGGCUUCGGCGAUAAGCCCUGCUUCACUUGCCUCUUUCUUGAAGUUCUUGAGGAUGGCAAACCGCCACAAGUCGCAGGCUACACUCUGUACUACUUUGCAUAUUCAACAUGGUCAGGCCGUGUGCUCUUCAUGGAGGACAUCUUUGUGCUGCCUGAACAUCAUCGAAAAGGAUUCGGGAAAUUUAUUCUGAAACACUUGGCUAAGAUUGCGUUGGAUAACAAAUGUGAGAGGUUGUCUUGGCAAGGAAUCAAGGAGAGAGACUGUACCCAUUUCUACAAUGCUGUUGGAGCUGGCUGCAACUCAGCCUGGAGCAAUUUCAAGUUGGAUGUGCAAGGCAUGGCCAGUCUCCUGGAGGAACCGUGAUUCGGAUGCGAGAGUGGCACUAGCCAUUGUCUUUCACGAUAGUCACGACAUAAUAUUGCCGGGAUAUAAAUAGGUGUGUGAGGGCAUUUUCUUUUCUUUGUAUUUAUCAUAUUUUGUGUCCAUGGGUUGUGUCAUGGGCUGAAUUUCGUGUGAUCAAUUUUGUCAAAUUCACCAUAGCAACAUGCAUUAGGGCACAUCCAUCUUCGCAUUGCACAGUGCGAUGUUGCCUGGUCACUCAGUCACUUUCGUCUGACUUGUUCUUCUAAGCUUUCGUCGCCAAUGCUGGUCACUGGUGAAGGAAGGCUACAUGUCCCAGUCUUAACUUAUCUUUUUGUGGGGUUUUUUGUUGCCCCUGGUGCAUCCCAGGUUGUCUUGACGACGAUUCAGUGGAAGUUUUUUUCUAUUUUUACUCCUUAGUGUGUUGUGUGCAAGUUUUUCCACUGUUGCGUGAAAUUAUUUCACUUUAUUUGCAAUUAUUUCCCAUCCGCACGUGAUUCUUUCGAAGUAUACAUGUAAUUAUUAUGUUGUGCUCUACGCAGAAUAUUCGAAUCUACGUCUACCCAC